AUGCUGAUAGGAAUUACGGGGACAAUAUUCUCCGGUAAAUCUGAGCUGGCUUCGUUCCUUGUGCAGGAACACCAGUUCAAAUACAUUACUUUAGCAGCCUGCAAACGGGAAGCAGAUCCAGACACGUUCAAAUGCUUCGUCACGGAGCAGGAACUGAUUGAUUUCGUCACGAAGAAUUGGAUUGACAACUUUGUCAUGACAUGCGUCGAUAACUAUGAGUUCCUUCAAGGGCUACUGAAAAGACCGUUCUUCUUACUUUUGGCUACAGACGCGUCGCUUAUGACGCGCUUCAACAGAUUGAAAGCCGACAAGAGACACACUGAAUACUCUAAAGAACUGACAUUCGAAGAGUUUGUGUUGAAAUCAGACGAGUACAACUUCCGUCAAGAGGGAGAACUACUCAAAAUCAUGGACAAAUCCGAAAUCAGAAUCAUCAACGACACAGAUACCAUUAAGGGUUUUCACGAUAAGCUUCGCAGUUUAGAUCUUCUCAAUGGAGAACGACUCCGGCCGUCAUGGGACGCGUAUUUCAUGAAACUGGCAGAUCUGGCAGCAUUCAGAUCAAAUUGCAUGAAACGUAGAGUCGGUUGCGUGGUUGUGAGAGAAAACAGAAUCAUUGCAACCGGAUACAACGGUACUCCUCGAAAUUUUAAAAAUUGCAACCAUGGAGGAUGUCCUCGCUGCAAUUCUGGAAACUCUAGCGGAGUUGGUCUAUCGACUUGUCUGUGCCUCCAUGCGGAAGAGAACGCUAUCUUGGAGGCAGGCAGGGAUAGAAUCGGAAAUAAUGCCGUGCUCUAUUGCAAUACGUGCCCGUGCUUAACGUGUUCGAUAAAGAUAGUUCAGAGUGGCAUAAAAGAGGUUGUUUACUCGCAAAGUUACUCCAUGGACGUGUUGAGCUCGAACGUUUUCAAAGAAGCGGGUAUAAAAUUAAGACAGUAUGUCUUGCCUCUCAACGGAGUCGUGAUAGCAUAA